GAGCUCCGACCUCGAGCGCGCGCGCGCUUUAGCGUUUUGCCGCGUCGUCAGUUUCUAACUAAGGCUCACUGUUUCGUCGCGGGUGCCAAGCCACGCCGCGUUAUGUACGACCCGGAGAUGCUGAAGAUGAGGCGGCGAGGCGUGUUCUGACUUCGGGUGUGUCUCGCUUCCAGCGCGACAUGCGACGACACCGGCGUGGAAGAAGGAAAGACCCCGAAUCUCUGUGCAAGCGUCGAGGACGCCUUUUGUGUCGAUGUCGGCGUGCGACGGUGUGCUAACAACGCUUGCCAGCUUUGCAGCGAGUGUCGUCUUCGUUUUGGGUCUGCAAGCGGUGCUUUUAUUUUUUGUUUUCCUUCUUGAAGAGGACUGUGCAAGCAGCCGGGUGUUCAUAGUGCGUGUGUUCACGUUUCUCAUAACCCUUUCUUCUUCUCGAAAUCCCGUUAUCUCUUUCGACCAACGCAGGGUAGCCAACCGGAAACUGCUCUCGUUAACGCUCUUGUAUAUGCAUUGCUUUAUUGUCGUAACCUCAACUCGGCUUUGCUGUUUUAGGGCCGCCUGUCCUUUUGUACUCUGUGAUUGCUGCUGCCGCAAUUCGAUUCGUGUAUACAUGGGGGCGCAAAUACCUCCAAACGUAGUUUAGAAGUCGUGUUUCCGUUGUAAAGUCUACGAGACGUUUCGUUUCGUAUCUGUCUCGAGAGGCGUAAAGAAACAGCUGGCGAAGUCUCGAGCGAGACUAUAGGCUACUAAUAAUGUAGCGAUUCUAGGGGAAUUAUAUUCAUUUUCGCGGUUCGUCAGCAGUCCGAGUGGCGCUCAAGUCAAUGUUAUCCCAGGAAUCGGUCGUUCGUGAACGGUAGAUUACAAGAAAGUAAAAGAGUGAUACGAAAGGAAUCCUACCAUUACACCGGUUUAUAGUACUGAAACCAAAAAAAAAAGAAAAAAAAACAUACGGGUCUAUUUACAUUCCAGUGCCCAGCUGAUCAAGGACGAUGACCAGAAAGUAUAGACGGAGCGGUAGAUGAGGUUCCGGCCAACGUGACCGGAUGCGAUGUGUAAUCGAGGCGUGCGUGCCCUGAACCUUUUGUCAGACACGUCUCGACGACAUUUGUAGCGUUUGUGUAUAACAACAUUCAUUACAAAGCUUCCACAAUGACAGAACCACAAAUGUGAGGGCCGCGCCCUGACUCAAUUUCACCGAGAACUGCGUGUCAUUGUGCCAAACGAAAGGGAAAAAAAAAAAAAAAAAACUAGAGAAGACGAAAUAAGCUUUCAGAAUAGUAACCCACUCAUUAUGAAUAGUAAUGUAUCGCAAAUGACAUGCUUUUCAGUUGUUCUGGCUUCGCAACCAAAAUUUCAAGGCUGAUCAAACAAGCUCUUUAUUGCCAUUACCCUGAGGGUUUGUUGGAGAGCGGUCAUUGGAAAGUUGUCGAGCACCAAGUCCAGUUAUGCACUACUGUGCGGUGCUUAAGAGAAGUAAAAAAAGAAAAAUAAAUGACCAGCAUUUGUCUCGCUCCAGUCACACUACGACUUGAGUUCUUAUAAGUUAAUUUGCCACGUGAGUCACCCAUGAAAACCAUCCCUUUAUCGUUUGAUUCUGGUUGGGCGCAUUAUUGCAUCACAAGAAAUCUAGUAAGACAUUCCAUUCAAAAAGUGCACAGACGUUUCACGGUUAAGUCUAUAGAUAGUCUAUGGACAACCUGCGGAGUUAUUAUGGCCUUACCGUUUUGUCGACUAAUCUCCAUCUACAUUCUGUAGACAGCACGCUAGGAGGACCAUGAGACCCAGUUAAACAAAUAGAUCGUUAAUGUAUUUUGUGAACGGACAGUCCUGCGGAAUGUAUGUAUCCAAAAGGACUAUUAUAUAAGAAGGUAAAGUGUACCAUGAGAAGUCUGCAAGCAAUCUACAAUUAGUACUAAGGUUAUUUUCACGGGGGAUUUGUUGGAACUCCUUCUUUCAUCCGCCUAGCAGACGACAAUUUAUCAUCAUCUCCUCUGCGCGUCACGAGCUUCUGCCCGCGCGCUCAAGCGCAUUUAAAACCACCACUGUGGGUGGUGUACUUUUUCAAUCAAUCCAGUGUGGGCAAUCCCUCCUCGUGGGUACGAGCCAUAUUUUGAGGCAACAACAAUUUGCCGUUAAGACGUGCAGCCUUUCUUGAACAAGACAGCGACGUACCCGGCGGACCCUGACGUUCACCACAGGUCUAUUCCAGAUCUUGUCUUAAGCUUGAUAGCUGCUGUUAAGCGCCAUGCGAAGGACCCAGCAACUGCUGCUGCUUCUAUGCGUGUUCGUGGGCGGAUUCGUCAUCGGCAUCAACUACAGGCUAAACACGAGCGUCGUCCGGGACUCUCCCGAGCAGCAGCAGCAGCGGCGGCGUCACUCAUCGACAAUUCAGCAAAGAAGAAGAGCGUCGCCCUACUUCACCGCGGACGGCGCCGAAUGGAUGGACGCGUGGGUGAAAGUGAGCGCCAACGUGUAUCUCUACUCGGCCUACCUCGACCCACGGUUGGGCGCCAACGCGACUGUUGUGCGCGUCGUGGGACUCAUGCGUCUCAAUCCGACGCUGAAGGUCAACUGCUCCUGCCUGAUCGACGACCGGCCCGAGAAGCCCGCCCAGCCUGUCGUUGCCGAAGUGGAGUUCCUUCAGGACCACCACAACGCCAAGUACGACGGCGUCUUCAUCAUCUGCCCUUACCACGCGUCGAACGACUCCGAGACGCCACGGACUGUGCGGGUGACCGUCACCGGAGCCGAGGUCGGAACGUCUUCGAGGAUCCCGGUCCACUACAGGGCACGCUCUCCCGGCGCUCAAGAACUGGACUCCCUCGCGCUCUGCGUUCGGCCUUUCUACGGUGGAGUGCCCAAGGCGCACGACCUGAUGCACUUCCUGGCAUACUACUCACUCCACGGCGUCCAGAGGUUCACCUUCUACGCUUACACUUCCGACUACGACGUGAACAAGUACCUGCGGAAACACCGAGACCGCUUGAAAAUCGACUUCCUCGCCUGGUCUCUACCGGCUGCCAAGAAGGCUUGGGCCCUGGCUCAGGGCUCCUUCACGCAGGACUGCCUGUACCGGCACGCGAAUGCUUCGCGGCGGGUUCUGAUCGUAGACCUGGACGAGUUCGUGUUUCCGCUUCCCGGCCGUGGCAAGCCCCGUACCAUAGCCGAACUCGUGGCCAAGUUUCCGGCGUCCAAGACGUGCCUCGUAGUGCGCAACGUAUUCUGGAUGCGGGCGGCCUCCAGGAUAGAUCGGCCUUUCAUCUUCGCGAGCCUGAACCGCAGUCGCCACGUUUGGCCAAUGGGCAUCAGAAGCAAGUACUUCGCGGAUCCCCUGGGCGUUCUGGAAGGAGGGAUACACUUCUGCAGGCGCUUCCUGCCCGGCGUCCGAGCCAACGACAAGCAGGAUUGGGUGCGCCAGGCGCUCCUGUACCAUUACCGCAACUUGCCGAGCGGAAAAUACGCUAGGGACACGAGCAUGCUGGUUUGGAGGGAGCCAGUGAUGGCUUCGCCAUUGAUACCGAAGCCAGACAUUUGGAGCCGCGUUGCGUUCAAAGUGCGCGACUUCAUGUGGAACAGUUUCGACGUGGUGCUGAAACUUGUUUAGCGAAACCAAAGGUGUCCAUAGGACUUUAUCGCGAGAUGUCGAAGGCGCACUCGAGCAGUGGCCUCACUGCCAAGCCAGACUCAUCGUGGUGGUCAUGGUUCCUAUACUGAAAUCCAUGAACACUCAGUACCUAUGAGUUGCAAGUCUCGGAUUUCGAGAGCACGUGACAGAAUGGUUAGUAUAUAAAUUUGCCGCGUUCAUUAAAUUACGGAAUUUGGCGCAACCGAAUCGUUUGUGUGGGGAAAAAAAGUAACAGCAAGUGAAUGUCGUACUUCGUUGUGAUUGCAUGAAAUGUGUUGCCCUUC